ACAGAGCGGCGGCAGCCCAGCCGCCCGCCAGGUAGCAACAUGGCGCACCGCGCCCGGGCCGCCGCCUGAGCAUCCUCCCGCCCGCCUCCACCUCCCGCCGCCGGGCUGCCGCAGAAGGGCCGCCCGCGCCCUGCGCCAUGGCAGCCUCCGAGCUCUACACGAAGUAUGCCAGGGUUUGGAUCCCUGAUUCAGACGAGGUCUGGAAGUCAGCAGAACUUAUCAAAGAUUAUAAACCUGGAGACAAAGUUCUCCAGCUUCGACUUGAAGAGGGCAAGGAACUAGAGUAUUGCCUAGAUCCGAAGACAAAGGAGCUCCCACCCUUGCGAAACCCUGACAUACUUGUUGGUGAAAAUGACCUCACAGCGCUCAGCUAUCUUCACGAACCUGCUGUUUUACACAACCUCAAAGUUCGAUUUAUAGACUCUAAACUAAUCUAUACCUAUUGUGGUAUUGUCUUAGUGGCCAUAAAUCCUUAUGAGCAACUGCCCAUCUAUGGCGAAGAUAUCAUCAAUGCCUACAGUGGCCAAAAUAUGGGGGAUAUGGAUCCACAUAUCUUUGCAGUGGCUGAGGAAGCAUACAAGCAGAUGGCCAGAGAUGAGCGAAACCAGUCAAUCAUUGUCAGUGGGGAAUCUGGAGCCGGAAAGACUGUCUCUGCUAAGUAUGCCAUGAGGUACUUUGCUACUGUCAGUGGAUCUGCCAGUGAAGCCAAUGUUGAGGAGAAAGUUUUGGCCUCCAACCCUAUUAUGGAGUCUAUUGGAAAUGCCAAAACUACAAGGAACGACAACAGCAGUCGUUUUGGGAAAUACAUUGAAAUUGGGUUUGAUAAGAGGUAUCGAAUCAUUGGUGCUAACAUGAGAACUUACCUCUUGGAGAAAUCAAGAGUGGUGUUUCAGGCAGAAGAGGAGAGAAAUUACCACAUCUUUUACCAACUUUGUGCCUCUGCAGCGUUACCUGAGUUUAAAUCUCUACGAUUAGGGAAUGCAAAUUCCUUUUACUAUACAAAGCAAGGGGGAAGCCCUGUGAUUGAUGGCGUUGAUGAUGCUAAGGAAAUGGUAAACACCAGGCAGGCCUGCGCUUUGCUAGGGAUUAGUGACACCUACCAGAUGGGAAUUUUUCGAAUCCUUGCUGGCAUCCUUCAUUUGGGCAAUGUGGAGUUUGCAUCUCGAGAUUCUGACAGCUGCACUAUUCCUCCCAAGCAUGAACCCCUCACCAUCUUCUGUGACCUCAUGGGUGUGGAUUAUGAAGAGAUGUCCCACUGGCUUUGCCAUAGGAAACUCGCAACUGCCACCGAAACCUACAUCAAGCCAAUUUCUAAGCUUCAUGCCAUCAACGCCAGAGAUGCACUUGCCAAACAUAUCUAUGCUAAUCUCUUCAACUGGAUUGUAGAUCAUGUGAACAAAGCCCUUCAUGCUACUGUAAAACAGCAUUCUUUCAUUGGAGUGUUGGACAUUUAUGGAUUUGAGACAUUUGAAAUCAACAGCUUUGAACAGUUCUGUAUCAACUAUGCCAACGAAAAACUGCAGCAGCAGUUCAAUAUGCAUGUCUUUAAACUGGAACAGGAGGAAUAUAUGAAGGAAGAAAUACCAUGGACCUUGAUUGAUUUCUAUGACAACCAGCCUUGCAUCAACCUCAUAGAAGCCAAAAUGGGAGUUCUGGAUCUGUUGGAUGAGGAGUGCAAGAUGCCAAAAGGCUCAGAUGACACUUGGGCCCAAAAACUCUACAACACUCAUUUGAAUAAAUGUGCCCUCUUCGAAAAACCACGUAUGUCAAAUAAGGCUUUUAUCAUCAAGCACUUUGCUGACAAGGUGGAAUAUCAAUGUGAAGGCUUUUUGGAAAAGAAUAAAGACACAGUUUAUGAAGAACAAAUUAAGGUCCUAAAAUCAAGUAAGUUUAAGCUGCUGCCAGAAUUAUUCAAGGAUGAGGAGAAGGUCCUCAGCCCAACAUCAGCAACCUCUUCAGGGCGUGUGCCUUUGUCUCGGACACUUGUAAAACCAGCCAAGGCCAGGCCAGGUCAAGCCAGUAAGGAGCAUAAGAAAACUGUAGGACAUCAGUUUCGAAACUCUCUUCACCUGUUGAUGGAAACCCUGAAUGCUACAACUCCACACUACGUGCGCUGUAUUAAGCCUAACGACUUCAAGUUUCCCUUCACAUUUGAUGAAAAGCGGGCAGUGCAGCAGCUGAGAGCUUGUGGUGUUCUGGAGACCAUCCGAAUCAGUGCAGCUGGCUUUCCCUCCAGGUGGACAUACCAAGAGUUCUUCAGCCGUUACCGUGUUCUGAUGAAGCAGAGAGAUGUCCUUAGUGACCGAAAGCAGACGUGUAAAAAUGUCCUGGAAAAGCUGAUUCUGGACAAGGAUAAGUACCAGUUUGGUAAGACAAAAAUAUUUUUCCGGGCUGGCCAAGUAGCCUAUCUGGAAAAAAUAAGGGCAGAUAAGUUGCGAGCUGCCUGUAUCCGCAUCCAAAAGACAAUCCGGGGCUGGCUGAUGCGGAAGAAGUUCGUGCGUAUGAGGAAGGCUGCCAUCACCAUCCAGAGAUAUGUCAGAGGCUACCAAGCACGAUGCUAUGCCACGUUCCUGCGGAGAACGCGGGCUGCCAUCACUAUUCAGAAGUUCCAGCGCAUGUACGUGGUUCGCAAAAGAUACCAGCACAUGCGAGAUGCUACUAUUGCUCUUCAGGCUCUCCUAAGGGGUUACAUGGUCAGGCUCAAGUACCAAAUGAUGCUUCGGGAGCACAAGUGUAUUAUUAUUCAGAAAAACGUAAGAGGCUGGCUGGCUCGAGUGCACUACCGUAGGACCUUGAAGGCAAUUGUUUACUUGCAAUGCUGUUACCGGCGCAUGAUGGCCAAGAGGGAGCUAAAGAAACUGAAGAUAGAGGCUCGGUCUGUAGAGCGCUACAAGAAGCUUCACAUUGGCUUGGAGAACAAGAUCAUGCAGCUGCAGCGAAAAAUUGAUGAGCAGAACAAAGAGUACAAGUCUCUACUGGAGAAGAUGGGCAACCUGGAGAUCACAUAUAGCACUGAGACAGAGAAGCUGCGGAGUGAUGUGGAAAGGCUUCGGAUGAGUGAGGAGGAGGCCAAGAAUGCGACCAACCGUGUCAUCAGCCUUCAGGAGGAGAUUGCCAAGCUGCGUAAGGAGCUGCAGCAAACUCAGUCUGAGAAGAAGACCAUUGAGGAACGGGCAGACAAAUACAAACAUGAAACCGAGCAGCUUGUAUCAGAGCUAAAAGAGCAGAACACGCUACUGAAAACAGAAAAGGAGGAGCUUAACCGCCGCAUCCAUGACCAGGCGAGGGAGAUAACAGAAACAAUGGAAAAGAAGCUAGUGGAGGAAACGAAACAGCUAGAGCUAGAUCUGAAUGAUGAACGCUUACGGUACCAGAACCUGCUGAAUGAGUUCAGCCGUUUGGAGGAGCGAUACGAUGAUCUCAAGGAUGAAAUGAACUUAAUGGUGAGCAUCCCCAAGCCUGGACACAAAAGAACGGAUUCAACUCACAGUAGUAAUGAAUCUGAAUAUACUUUUAGCUCUGAGAUCACAGAAGCAGAUGACUUGCCACUGAGGAUGGAGGAACCAAGUGAAAAAAAGGCACCAUUGGAUAUGUCUCUGUUCCUCAAGCUGCAGAAACGGGUUACGGAGCUGGAGCAAGAAAAGCAAUCCCUGCAGGAUGAACUGGACAGAAAGGAAGAACAAGCUCUCCGAGCUAAAGCUAAGGAGGAAGAAAGGCCUCCAAUAAGAGGUGCAGAGUUAGAGUAUGAAUCGCUCAAGCGUCAGGAACUUGAAUCUGAGAACAAAAAACUGAAGAAUGAGUUGAAUGAGCUGCAGAAGGCUCUCACAGAAACACGAUCUCCAGAGGUAACUGCUCCUGGUGCCCCUGCAUAUAGAGUCCUCCUGGACCAACUGACUUCAGUAAGUGAAGAGCUUGAAGUACGCAAGGAAGAAGUCCUCAUCCUGAGGUCUCAGCUUGUUAGCCAGAAAGAGGCUAUUCAACCCAAGAAUACCAUGACAGAUGCUACAAUCCUCUUGGAGGAUGUACAAAAGAUGAAAGACAAAGGAGAAAUAGCACAGGCAUAUAUUGGACUGAAGGAAACAAACAGGCUGCUGGAGUCUCAGCUUCAGUCACAGAAGAAGAGCCAUGAGAACGAACUGGAAUCACUGCGAGGUGAGAUCCAAAGUCUGAAGGAAGAAAACAAUCGCCAGCAGCAGCUUCUAGCACAGAAUCUGCAGCUGCCUCCAGAGGCCCGCAUUGAAGCCAGCCUACAGCAUGAGAUCACCAGACUGACUAAUGAGAACUUGGAUUUAAUGGAACAGCUUGAAAAGCAGGACAAGACUGUUCGCAAGUUAAAGAAACAGUUGAAAGUACUUACUAAGAGGAUUGGUGAACUUGAAGAGGGCCAGAUGGAGAACAUAUCACCUGGACAAAUCAUUGAUGAACCUAUUCGUCCAGUUAACAUUCCACGGAAAGAAAAAGACUUCCAAGGGAUGUUGGAAUAUAAGAAGGAGGAUGAGCAAAAACUGGUCAAGAAUCUUAUUUUAGAGCUGAAACCACGUGGGGUAGCUGUCAACCUGAUUCCAGGACUACCAGCAUAUAUUUUGUUCAUGUGCGUACGCCAUGCGGAUUACCUUAACGACGACCAAAAAGUGCGGUCGUUGCUGACGUCCACGAUCAACGGCAUCAAAAAAGUGUUGAAGAAAAGAGGUGAAGACUUUGAAACAGUGUCCUUCUGGCUAUCUAACACCUGCCGAUUUUUGCACUGCUUGAAGCAAUACAGUGGAGAAGAGGGCUUUAUGAAGCAUAACACACCUCGGCAAAACGAACACUGCCUCACCAAUUUUGAUUUAGCGGAAUACAGACAGGUACUGAGUGACUUGGCUAUUCAGAUCUACCAACAACUUGUCCGAGUCUUGGAAAACAUUCUGCAACCAAUGAUUGUUUCAGGAAUGCUGGAGCAUGAGACUAUCCAAGGUGUCUCAGGGGUGAAACCAACAGGGCUGCGGAAGAGAACAUCCAGCAUUGCUGAUGAAGGAACCUACACUUUGGACUCCAUCAUUCGGCAGCUGAACUCCUUCCAUUCAGUGAUGUGUCAGCAUGGAAUGGAUCCAGAGCUGAUCAAACAGGUCGUCAAGCAGAUGUUCUACAUCAUCGGGGCUGUCACACUCAAUAAUCUUCUCCUGCGCAAGGACAUGUGCUCAUGGAGCAAAGGAAUGCAGAUAAGAUACAAUGUGAGUCAACUGGAAGAAUGGCUUCGUGAUAAAAAUCUGAUGAAUAGUGGGGCUAAAGAAACACUUGAACCCCUUAUCCAGGCUGCACAGUUGUUGCAAGUGAAAAAGAAAACAGAUGAAGAUGCAGAAGCCAUUUGUUCAAUGUGCAACGCACUGACUACUGCCCAGAUUGUAAAAGUUCUGAAUUUGUAUACUCCAGUCAAUGAGUUUGAAGAGAGAGUCUUGGUGUCAUUUAUACGUACAAUACAGAUGCGUCUCCGAGACAGGAAGGACUCUCCUCAGUUGCUCAUGGAUGCUAAACACAUCUUUCCUGUUACUUUCCCAUUUAAUCCAUCCUCUCUAGCUUUAGAAACCAUUCAGAUCCCAGCCAGCUUAGGCCUGGGCUUCAUAUCACGUGUCUGAUCUCAAGGAUGUACUGUCAGUGUUAAAUGGAGAAUCAGUUGCCUGGUAUCUUUACCCAUUAAAAUACAGUAAUCCACUGAAAACACAUUUUGUGAACAGUCUCAAAAUGCCCAAAUGUGUAGUAAAAGUAGCUGGAAAACUACACAACAGCACCACAGAUUGAACGCUAAUAGAAAGGUGUACAUUUGUGUUCAGUCUUUACAUUUAUCACAGUAUCAGUCAGGGUUGGAAAGGACCACAAGGAUCAUCUAGUUCCAACCCCCCUGCCAUGGGCAGGGACACCCCACACUAGAUCAGGCUGGCCAGAGCCUCAUCCAGCCUGGUCUUAAGCACCUCCAGGGACGGGGGCCUCAAUCACCUCCCUAGACAACCCAUUCCAGGGCUUACCACUCUCAUUUAUAAGGACAACACUGAUUCAUAGAUUUCCAGCAUAUGGAAAUCGAGCUUGGAGAACAAUGGUGUCUUCAGCAGCCUAGAGACAUUUUUAGAUCUUUAGUAACAUAUUUAAAUAGUGUAAAUUAAACUCCAUAUGUAAUCUUCUCAUAGGCAGGGACCAACAGGGACAGUCACAGCCCUGAACAUGGAGGACUUGAAAGUAAGGCAUUUUGUAGUAGAAUACACAGUCACUGGGGAGCCUGUUACAUUUUAUUUGUAAAAACUGGAAUGGAGAAACACAAACUGGCAAUAUAGAAAAUGAUUUCUUAAACCACUUCCUUAUUUAUGUCAGUUUGACAUAAAUUCUAGUGAUAGGUCUUAUAGCUCACUAUAUGCUAUAACUUAGGUGUUCAUUUGUUAGUACUGUGGUUUACAGAGCGUACUAAAUUGCUGCUGCACAUUGUGUUCUUUCAAAUGUAUGACAGUAUCAUGCUAAGCACUAAAAAUAAGAUACUUCAUUUUUUGUUGUCAACCUUAUUUAUAGUCUGAUGCAGUCUGUUAUUUUAACUGGAUUUUUGCAAAUGGUAUCAAAUAACACCUGUAGAGGAAAAUGAUAACUAAGCACAAGUAGCACACUGGUAAUCACACGUUUAGUUGUCCUUAAAAGUAGUUAACUACAAACACAGCAUCUUGAAGAAAAUUUAACAGAGGUCAGUAAUGAUUUCAGUAUUUAUUUAGAUUUCCUCCUUUGUUUAGAACCCAGAGAUCACAGUGUAUAUUUUGAGCAUAAUCACUUUUGGUUUGUGGCCACUUAGAACAAAAGAAAAAGAAAAAAAAUACUCUUUCAAACUGGAAUUUGAGAGGAAAACCUUUACUAAAAAAUUUCUGCAGUAGCCCGAGGCUCUCUCUCUUUGGACGGUUGACUUACAAGAAUGUUAAGUAGGUUUUGACUAUGAUGCUGUCAUUUGACUAUGAUUCAGGCUGAUUUAAUGAUUGGAGAUCCAGAGUACAUAAUGAGAAACUGAGUUAUUUUGGGUAUUGCACAUCUUACAGGAAAGAUGAUUCUCUCACGCGCAUCUGGGAUCUGCUAUUUAGAAUUCACAUUUCACAAUGUGCAACGUAAGAGCAGACGCCUUGCUUAAAGUUCCAGUUCUGAACUUUAAAACAGGUAGUUUGUGGUGUAUGGCACAAAUAUACAUGCAAAAACAAAAAGCCACACACAUUGCUCAAUUGCAUCGUGCAAUAUUUUUUAUGUAUUAUAAUAAUUAGCAACUUAGCAUUAACACAAUUUUCUUUUUCAAUAUUGAGAUAUAAUCUAGAGGUACAUUAUUAGACUACUUGGUACUGAUUUGCCUGCAAAGGCACAGAAAAUUGUUGCUGUUAAGCAGGCUGAAACAUUUCAGUUCUGUUUUACUUGAGAGGUAGACAUGCUGUUUGUGUGGCUGUUAAAAUCAGUAGUAAAGACAACCUGAACUUUGUCAGUAUCAUUUUAAGAUGCUCAUGUCAUCUUAUUUUCAAACGUGUAUGCCCCAUAUUAUGUUUGAUGGAUCAUGUCAGUACUCCUGAGAACUUUAAUACUGCAUUGAAUAAAUGUUUUGAAUGGUCUUUGCUAAGUUGUUUAGCUUCUCCUGUGUGUGGCAUACCAAACACUUUAUUUUUACUUGAUUUCUGAAGCUAUGGCUACUGCCAAGUGGCUCCAAGAAGGUAUCAUGUAGUUUUCAGACUGUUAGGGGGUACUGUACUCGUGAGAAUGUAACCAAUAACAAGGUCAGGAAAGAAAGUAUGUGAGAACAUGCUAACCUACAAUUUUUUUUCUCCUACUGAAAACCAAACAAUUGGCAUUACAGUAUGUUCAUACUGUAGAUCAGGAAAUGCAUCCACUACUUCAGCGUUAGCGUGUUUAAAAUGUAUGGCUAAAUGUGUUUUUGUUUCUUUUUUAAGUUUGUUGACCUGUAAAAAGCCUUAGUGUAUCUCGUUUCCUUAAAGAAAGUAGUGUUUAGUAAUUUAUAGGUAUUACCCUUAAACUCAGUGGUUUGACUGGUAUUACUUUUAUAUCUCAUUAAAAGUAUAUGCUGCUUGACAUGUUUUAAAGGAAGAUAUUUUUCAGUUGGAAUAGAUGUGUAGUCGGUAAUUCAUCUAACGUUUUACACGGCAGUAUUUUACAUGCACUUUUCAGAAGUAAAAUUUUAGUGUCAAUGUAUAAUAUAUCUUUCACCUUAGGACUAAUUAUCUCUUCAACCAUGGGACAUCAUGCAGAAUUACUUUAACACCUUUUUUAAUUAUUUUUUUUUUCUCCCUUAAAUCAUGGUUAGACUCUUUUAACGUGGACAUAUCUUUUUUUGUAUUUUAAUUUAUUAUCUGUUGCUAUGAUAGAUUUUAUCAGAUGCUGGAAAAAUACUUGUCAGUGACCCCCUCAGAAAUAUAUACAGUUAUUCUAGAGAUUUUGCACAAUAAUUACCUCAUUCUGUUUGGCAUAUUUUUAUUCCAGUGAUCAUUUUAUUCUGCUGUUUAGGUCACCGUCUUCUAUCCAGAUGAUGAAAAAUUGCUUCUCAGACUGCAGCCUGGGAUGAAACAUCAGAGUGCUUAAGUCUGUUAAAUGCAAUUAAUCUAUCACAGGAAAAAAAAACCAAAACUAAGAUCAACCUCAGUGUUGAAAGGUGGAUUGAUAUCCAUCAGCAUUGGUUCCCAAUUUGGAAACACCAGCAUUUGCAGUCUAGAGGUCUGUGUAAUUUGUGAUUUGAACUGAACACAUUUCAAAUACCAUACAAAAACUAUGAGUGAACACUUGGGUUUUUAAGAUGCUGAUACUUCAUGUGAUAAAUAAAAGCCUUUAAACAUAGGUUUUCACUCAAUACCACUACAGUACAUAGAUGAAAACCAAAACUUCGUCAGAAUGACCUGAGCUCUGAUCUGUUGUAGUGUCUGUUGUUGUACUUAGUAAAUGUAUGCAUCAUAAAAACUGUAGCCUAAUAGCUAUCACUGGAAAAUGUCCAAAUAAAAAUGCAACUGU